AUGUCUGAAAAAAUUUCUCUUUUAUCAAAGACACGAAAACUCAUUUUUCAUCAGUUAAGCCAAGAGGGUUCUAAGGAAGCAUUUGCAGACUAUGUCCUAGUAGUCGAUUCCAAAAUUCCUUCUAAAGGCAGGGAAGCGUUUAAGACCACGUUGGUUAACACUUGCAAGUUAGUAAUAGCCAACCUAGAGAAAGCAGGGCUCGAAUGUGAAGUGCGCCGGAGUAAAGAAGACAUGAUAUUUAUAUUUGUUCUUUGCUCCGCUGAAAGACUCAAACAAGAGAUUUAUCGGUCGAGAGUCCACGAUUGGCUAACUGGGGUGCGUAUUCGAGAUAUAGAGGAUGAUCACGAUUCAGGGAGCAGUGUUCUUUUAACUGAAGGAGAACGAUUACGACUAGUGUAUGAUGUUAUUACAAGAUCUAAAACGGAAAAUGGUGCAGGGAUUAAUCCGGGAUUAGGUGAAUUCAAAAUGGUGAACAGUUUAUUGCCUAUUCAUAAUAAAGAGUAUAAUCGGAUUGCAUUUUAUUUUGCAUUCCUUCAAUAUUAUUGUCUAUGGCUCAUUGCACCGACGAUCGUUGGACUAUUUACAUACUUCUUUUUAUCCGAUUACUCUAUUCUAUAUGCAGUAUUUAUUGUGAUCUGGUCGACUGUCUUUACGGAGUUCUGGCGUAGAAAAGAACGUGAAUUAUCUAUUUGGUGGGGUGUCCGUAAUUUUUCGCGAGUUGAACAACGGCGACCUGCAUUUCAGCAAGAAUCCUAUGUAGUGAAUCAUAUUACAGGAGAACUGGAACCUUACUUUCCAUUAUGGAAGAGAUGGUUACGGAGAAUUAUUGCGGCUCCUGUUAUUAUGGCAUUCAGUCUGAUUCUUGCAUCUGUUCUAUUGUUAUAUAUCGUUCUUGAACUAAUAAUCUCGGAGUAUUACAGUGGACCAUUUCGUGAACAAGUGAUUUAUCUACCGACGAUUCUCUAUUGCGCAUUGGUCCCUGGACUAAACAUCGUCUAUAUAAAGAUUGCCCGACGCCUGAACGAAUACGAGAACAACGAGACAGAAUCCAAUUAUGAAUUUAAUCUGACACAAAAGAUUUUCGUAACGAAUUUCCUGGUGGGUUAUCUAUCAAUCUUUUUUAUCGGAUGGAUUCAUAUCCCAUUCAACGCGGAAAUCGGUGAAUUCUUUCAGAGUAUAUUUGAUGCAUUGGGAUUAUCACUUACCUUAAAACCAGUCGGACCAGAAAGACUUAAAAAUGAGUUGAAAUAUUUUAUACUUACGGGACAAGGAGUGAGUUUAUUCAUGGAAUUAAUCUUGCCGUACAUGACGCGUGGAUUAGCAAAAGGUGUUCAUAAAACAAUCACUACUGGAAGUAAAAUAUUGCAUCGUCAGAAUAGUCUUUCUGUAGAUGCCAAAGGUGAGGACGAAGAGGCAUUCUUAAGAAGAGUACGAAAAGAGGUUUUAUUGCCAGUUUAUGAUAUAUAUGAAGACUAUGCCGAGAUGGUCACUCAGUAUGGAUAUGUCAGUCUGUUCUCUGUUGUGUGGCCUUUAACUCCAGUACUUGCACUUUUAAAUAAUUGGGUUGAGCUUAGAUCCGAUGCAAUCAAAUUAUGUGUUCAUACGCGUCGACCCAUUCCUUCACGAGCAGAAUCGAUUGGUCCUUGGUUGGAUAAUCUGGCACUUAUUACGUGGCUAUCCUCAAUUACAAAUCCAUCAUUCGUAUACUUGUAUCAUCCGGACUCCAACGCAUUCACAUCCUCAUCGGCGGUUCUUGUGACAGUCGCCUUAAUUUGGUUUACCGAACAUAUUCUAGGUGUCCUGCAACUCAUCACUAGACAAUGCUUGUCGGCAUUUCCCAGCUGGGCAGAUGAAUUAAUAUUAAAAGAAGAGUAUGAAUUAAAGAAAAAAUGGCUGGAAAAAGUUGUUGUUUCCCCGGUUGCGCCACCCGAAUGUAGUGUUCAAAAGAUUAUUGAUGAUAGAGAAGAGAAGGGUAGUUGGUUUUGGCGAAAUGAGAAACGACAAGAUAUCCAUGAACGUUUGGAAGAGAUAUUUCAAGGGUUACAUUUUGAAUGA